AUGAUCAAGACUCCGGCGCACGAUGAUGGCGAAAUGCCAUGCAGGCAGGCGAUAUGGCAAGAAAAGCGCGGUGAGGCAAUGGAAGAAGCGGUAGUCGAAGCUGUGGCCGCCCAGUCCGAGUCUGGGAUAAUGACCCAGCCAAGCGUCGUUGUAAUAGUGCUGGUGUGGUUGCUGCGGUCCAGUCUGGUGGUGUGCGGUCUGGUGCUGGCUGCUACCGCUGGCGUCUGGUACGGGGUGCGGCGCCCUACUGCUUCGGUGCUAGUGCCAGGUCAAUCCAGCACUCUCGCCACGCCAUUGGCCUUUUGCGGACGACUUCGUGCUAACUGGGCAUGUGUACAGUGGGUGUAA